AUGGGAGCGUUCCUUUUCUUCGUGUAUGCACCAUUACCCGAUCGAGCGCAUACAUACCGAGAGGCAGUUGUGCAUACAGCUGUGGACGCUGUGUGGCACCCAUAUUCGCCACACCAACAAGAAUGGAAGCCGACCGAACUGAAAGAUAUCACCUCGAGAUACGCAUACGCUACAUUUCUAGCUGGAAACGAAAAGUCGGAGGAGGAUGACGUUUACCUGUUGGGCGCCCGUUUGCUCGCUUACCAGCUUCUCCACGAUCCCAAGACAAAAUCGAAUGCGUCCAUCCCCUUCAUAGUGAUCGUCACAAAUACUGUCACUGCUGCGAAAAUCGAGCGCCUGCAAAGAGACGGUGCAGUCGUCGUAGUCGUUGAGGAUUUGGUAGCCAACUGGGUAACCAAGAUCAACCCUCGGUUCAAGGAUGUGAUGACAAAGCUGCGCCUGUGGGAGUUCACUCAGUUCGAACGCAUCUGCCUCAUAGAUGGCGAUACUGUGUUGAUGGACAAUAUAGACGGAGUGUUUGAUGAUCCUGCGGUCAAAAUGCAAGCGACCCUGCACAAGCCAGAGGCGGUCAAGGAUGAUGAAGCGCCAUUACCAUCUCAGUACGCCUUUGCUACCACCGCAGAACCAAGAAUCGAACACGGCUUCCCUCCCUCUGAAGAGAAGAAUGAGUACCAGUUCGGCCCAAACUACCUCAACAGCGGCUUCAUCGUCUUCAAGCCGGAUGCGACUAUAUUCGCCUAUUAUAGCUCCUUGCUAGAAAUCUCCGAUAAUCGCUGGGGCAAAACCCUCCCUGAGCAAAACCUUCUCAACUGGGCUCACCGCCGACCAAAAGGCAACAUGCCCUGGCAGACGCUGGACAGGAUGUGGAACAUCCACUUCCCGACUGUGCAAGACAUGGAAGCCGGCGUCAAGAGUUUGCAUGAGAAAUUCUGGAAUCCGGAACACAAGGACCUCCAGCCCUAUCUGGAAGCGUAUAAAUGGAAGAUGCUUGGGUACUUCGAGGAGAGGGAUAGAGAGAUGGGAUUCCAGGUAGAGCACGAGGGUUGA